UCAAAGCGAGCUGCAAACAUGGCUGCAAAGCGCCUCGGCACGGUUUACCGAAGUGUCAUGAAACUCAUGCAAGAAUCCAGCAAGUAUCGCGUUGUGGGCAUAGGUAUUUUGCGGGGGUAGCGAUGGGCGGGGGAAAGUUGGUGCUGUUGAAGCAAGUAAGCUGCAGCUGUCUACUCGAAUGUUAAUCAAGGUGAAAGUGUUGCAGAAUUUUAAAAAUGCUGCUCCGUCGUAAAAUUCCUUCGGGGAGCGGUGCAAGAGGACAGACUAGUGCAAAUGGCGACACAACGCUAGAGAAGUCGGAGAGUGAACUAGAAGACUGUCAACGUCUCUGCACUUCUGGGAUAUCAUCAAAGCCCAAGAUGAAGACAAACUUUUUUAAAUCGCUGCGCGAACACUGGCGGAAGCGAAAAACGAAACUUGCAGUGCAGAAUGGUAUUGAAGUAUGCUCAGGACCGCCAGAGCCAAGCAGUCGAAAAAGAGAUGUGACCGUGUACUGCUCAGGAUCUUCACCGUUAACUGCGCCCGACUCGCAUGAAGAUUCACCCAAUGACGCCAAUGACAAUUAUGUUCGUGCCGGAGUUGGUUCGGAUGGUGAAAGCGCGUGCAGUGAUGCUGAUGGCGAGACUGAAUCACCGCGUCAUGACCUGCCUUCAUCGUCGUCGUUCGCGGCCCCUUCUGUGCCUGACGGACAGGCAGGAUCAGUCAGGGGUGUCACAGAACAUUUCACGCACAGCCAACUGAAUUUAGAGCAGCGUCGAACAUCAUGCAACAUUGAGGAAGUAUCAGGGAGACAGCUUUCAGCAACAAGUAAUCGAUGCUUGUCUCAACCGGUCACUGUUCAUGGCCACGGCUACACGAGUACAGCAUGCGAAGAUCAUUGGAAAAGGACUGGCCCGCACGACGGCACCACGCAGUCGGCAGGCGUUGCUGGAGGCGCAGACAGAUUACACACCGAAGCCUCCGUAGUUUCGUCUGCUGCGGAAGUACCGCAGGUUCCUCCGCGGCAGCCCCAGUGUGACGCCAUCCCGCCAGUGUUUGUCCCCGUGUUCCCGGAAACGGAUGGCCGAGAAGACACAAGGAUUAGUAGUCUAAGUGAGGAAUUGUUCAAGUUAUCUAAGCACGGUUGGUACUGGGGGCCGAUUACGCGGGGCGAAGCCGAAGAGAAGCUGGCUGACCAGCCUGAUGGUGCUUUCCUUGUACGAGACAGCUCUGACGACAGAUACCUGUUGAGUCUUACGUUCAAGUCCUAUGGCAAAACGCUCCAUACGAGAAUUGAGCACUGCAAUGGUCUAUUCAGCUUCUAUGCUCAAUCUGGACCUGAGGGUCGUGCCUGCAUUGUUGAUCUUAUCCAAGAGUCCAUGAACUAUUCUCAGUCAGACAUGUGGACCUUGUGCAAGUGCAUCCAAGUGUGCCCCAUCAGUAGCAGCCAUGCACCUAACCUAAAGAUAUCCUUGGGUAGGGCAGUAACAAGUAAACAUGUCUCUCUAGAAUUUCACGCUAUGCUAGUAGUUUCAACAUUGAUCAAAUGAGUGUUGUCUAACCACUAAAUGAUCAAACUACUUGGAGGCUUAGCAGCUGACCAAGAAAGUGGUGAGGGAUCUAAAGAGCAUACAAUGAAGCAUUGGGAAGGAAAGUAAUGAGAGUAAUAUUAAGAGAUAAGACAACAGUAUGGAUUAGGAAUAAAAUGAGAGUAGAUGAUAUGCUAGUUGAGAUUAAGAGUGAGAAGUGGAGUUGGGUAGGUCAUGUAAUGCAUGGAGCAGGUUAUCUCUUAGGGCAACAGAAAGGGUGAUUAUGGAAGGGAAAUAUAGUUGAAGAUAAAGUAGUGAAAUCCUCAAUGGGGUGCUGAAAUUAACAAAUUUGUCAGUAUAGGGUGGGUUUUUGUUCACAUAUGACAGGGGAAAUUGGAGGCAGCUGGGAGAGGCCUUAGGCUUGAAAAGAUGCAAUGAGAUAGAUUUAUGUUACUUGAUUUAAACCAAUCACCAAUCCCAAUAAACUAGUGCUUGGUUGAAGGCACCAAGAGAAUAUUUUCCUAACUUUUUACCCCUGAGAAAGCUGAGAAUGAGUCAGAGGAACAGUUGUACUGUUUAAGGGGCCAGUGGGUCCCUGAUGGUACUUUCCAUGGAACUCUGUGCCUCGUGCAUACUAUGCUGGUGUCCUGUCAUAGGCCAUCAAUGUGGUCGGAGUGCAUGCCUUCAAAGCAAAUACGGUUUAAUGACGGUGGGAAAUCAUCUUCUUAAUGAAUUUUAUAUAUGCCAAGUAUUCUUUCAUAAUCAAAGCAAUAGUUCUUCAUCCACUUGCAACCAAAGGGCUCUUGCUGUGUACAUUUGUGUUUCUAUCUGCCGCUUUAUCACUUCCUAAAUGUGAUCUCUCAUCCAGUGCACAUUAUGAUUAUGAUAGAGAUAGGAUUUCGCACCAUACAUUUAACCAUCCACCAUGUUGCUCUAGCAUUCACCUCAGUAGCUCUUUUAUAAUUUGGCCUUGGUUAAUGCGAUAGAUUAUUUUUGCAAAUGCUGAAUUUGUUAUUGCAUACAUGCAUUGUUCUUUUUCAUUUCAUGUGGUAAAGAAGUUGACUUUUACCAUAUGAGGCAAGUAUUGUAUUAGAAUGACCAUUUGCCUGAUUAAGCUAAUUUUUAAGAUAGCCCAUACGAAGACUUGCAUUGCAGCUAGUUGUUUGAGCUGGUUGUUUAAUUUGUAAAGCUUUGGCAAAUUUAUAGCUUUAGACACAAACAUUGUGUGGCUCACUAAAUUUUUUCAGCUUUUUUAGAUAGUUGCUGUAUUCUAUCAUGGUAGGGCCUCAGUUCUUCAAAAUGCAACAAAUCAUUAUAUAUAUCUUUUAAUGCGACCAGUUCGAAACACGUGACAAGUGGAGCAUAGCUUCAUGGUGUAGGGUGUUGAGCAGGACUUUUUGAUGCAUUGUGUAAAUCAGAAGUGUUGGUAGUGUGGUAUCGCAGACUGCUGAUAUAAGCGUCAGUCAGCCUAGUGCAGUAGGUUCACGCCACACUGUGACUGUGUCGAUGAAAUCUGGGCAAGCACCACCACAUUAGGCAUUUCUUUCUCCUUCACCAUGCACUUCUCCGCCUUUGACAAUUAAUGCAUUAGCCUGGUCAUCUGUUAUCACUUCUCAUGGAACAAACACUCCUCUUACAUUCUCUCCCCUAUUAUCCCAUUGAGUGCCUGACAGCGAGUAUGUCAUGAUGUGGCCGUAUGGCCUGCAACCACAGCACUUGACUGACCGACCUGCACAUCAGUGGUUUGUAAUACCACAUAAUCACCACCUCAAGUUUUCAUGAUGUAAUCAGAAGGAAGCCUGCUCGGGACACUGGAAGCUGCACUCUAUUACAGGUGCAUUUUGAACUGGUUGCUGUAACCCUUUAACGCCAAAAAUAAUUCCGGAAAAAUGUGGCAAAUUUCUCAUGUUUUUAUGUAGCCAUGAAUUUUUCUAUGUCAUUCUGAUUCUGAAAAUAUAUUGCUUGGUUCUUGAUACUUGAUUACAUGUUUUUCCAGGCUUCUACUGCCCUCUAGUGUUGAAAAUUGAACCCAAAGGCAAUUACCGACCGUAACUCGUCUUUGGCGAUGGGAGCAGCACAGCAUCGGGCUGAAUGAGUGUGUGAUUGGCGAUAUUGGUACAACGUCCCACGACGAGUAUAGCUCGGGAUUGGGGGUUAAAGGGUUAGAAGAUGAUACAUUUAGUGAACUGUUGAAGGCAACUAUAGAAGAAAGUAAAGCAAGCAAGAAGAAAGUUUCGUGUAAUACUACUUCAAUUGGCACUAAAUUUAAUACAAUAUGCUGAGUCUGCUAAGAAAAAAAUCUCACCAGACAUGCUGUGUCAUGCACUAAUAUGUAUCCUGGUUAAGCCAAAAGCAUAAAGCACAUUUAAUUCUCAUCACCACGCAUUAAAACAUCCGGCACGAUCGAUUGAUCGUGCCGGAUGUUUGAUUCUUAUAGCCACAGUGUUUCUUUGGUACGUUAAAAACCCGGGUUUUUAACAUACCAAAGAAACACUGUGGCUAUAAGAGAGGCCAUAGUGGAGGGCUUCAAAUCAAUUUCGACCUCCUGGGGUUUCAAAUCUUCAAACUUUCUGUAAAAUCCAUGCAACAUUCAUCCUUUUAAAAGCUUGUUAAUCCAUAGAGCAUUUAGUAUCUUCCCAGAUAUUCUGCAUUAUGUGCAAGUGAAAAUCAAUACCACCAGUCCUGUGUUCUGAGCUGCAAGACAUUACUUAGAGCACAACACUGUAGAAUAGCUGUUUUGACAAUUUCUCUAAUUUAAGGUGUGGUAGUGUUACAAAUUAGUUAAAGAUUGAAUGGUUACUGCACAAAUGGUGUAAAUGUUCUGGCCUGUGGACACUGUUGCAAAAAUUUGGUUACAAUGUAGCAACUUCACAACGUAUGGUCUAUUGAAUUUUCUAUGGUGCUGCAUGUACGAACACGGUGUUAUUUUGCAGGGUUACCAACUUCAAGCACUCAAAAAUUUCAUUGUCUGAGAAUUUCACUGCACUAUGUUGGGUCUUGCAUUAUGUUAUCCCAUGUUUAGUAAAGGCAACUGUAUCGCCAUGCUGCACAGGAACGGGAGUGUGGAUACACUGCUCACGUGUUGACGGUCCUGAACUAUUUAGUGUGCAAUCUUGUCUGCUGCAUUGUGAUAACAACAAUAGUCAGUGUUUGAACUGUAUGUAUUUUCAAAUGUUGAAGUGACAAAUGGCAUCUCGCAAAUGCAUAUCUACAGAUUCUUGUUGCUGUUACGCAUUACUUGGCCUGAACUACUUCUGUCAAGAUAAAAGAGAAACUUGAUUUCUUCUUCAUAGAUGCAUGAAACUUAUCACUAGAUAUGAAUGUUUCAUGCAUAUAUGCAUACUAUAGUGCAACAUGAAAGCUGCUUCUCAUUAUAAGUGGGCUUGUUUUGAAUUAGCCAUGUUGUUUAACAAUGCAUUGUUACUGUGCUGAGUUAACUAUCAGAUGCUGCUAAAGCAUUGCCUUAUAAAUGGUUGUUAUGGCUUAUGGAACUGUCAGUGCAGUGAAUUUCACUUUUCUCUUGUUAGGUAAUCAUAGCUAUUGUCUCACUGACAUCGCAGUUGUGAACGACUGGUCUUUAGCGAUUUUGUUGCAAUACUAAGAACAUUGAGAUUACUGCAAUAAAGGUUUGGGGUACAAGGUAAA